AAAAAAAUCAGUAGUGGUUUAGUGCUGUUUUGUUAUUAUCGCGAAUCUUUCCACUUAAUUCCAGUAUUAUCACUAUCCCAAAUAUUUCAAGUUCACGGCAUACAAACCUCAAGUUUACGGUAGCUAACAGGAAGCAUAUUGCAUAAUUCUUAUCAGCGACAUUAAAGAAUGAAUAAUUGUGAUUACGCAGUUCUUUCUGGGCUGGAAAAAAGUCAAUGGCAGUGGUGAAGUUUUUCGAACGAUUACAGCAAUUGCUUGUUCUAUGCCGUACAAUAAGUGAUGCAGAAAAAGUAUUAAAUGCUUAAAAUGUGAGAAAGCGAUUGUGUUUGUUCACUUCUGGUGGCUAAGCCUUUAUAGCGUAGUGAGUGAUAGACUAUUCAUUCUUGCUUAGCAGACCGUUCUACGAUGUAGUUCAGUGGCUUGCACUAAGCGACAAAGACAACUAUUUCAGCUAAUAAAGAAUGUAAAUUUAUUUCUUUCUAAUAGUAAUGAUAAAGUAUUAUAUCUGAUUAUGGAUAUACAAUACGACGAAGACCUAUCGAAAAAUCCAUUCUACCGAAAACUGCAGAAGGAUCACCAGAUAUUUCUGGAUACUGCACCAAUUGAAGGUUGGAUCAUAUGUAUUCCACGUAGCGGAACUCUGAACGAGAAAUGCCUGGGGGAUCAGGAUUUUUUGCUUGCUCAAAUUUUGGUUCCCAACGAAGAACUACCGGAGACACAUUUCACCAAUCUAUCGUGUAUCGAUAUCCGUCGCAAUGGCCGGCUUUUGGUUAGCGAAACCUUUAAAGUGACUAUUCUUUUCGAGGAAAUUUUCUACACCAAAGAUGGCUUGAAGUUUAGAGUUUGGUGCACGGAAAGACCUCUUUGUGAUACGAAGCCCUACGGCUUGACUCUAGAAGAUAACAUCGGUCAGUUGUUUAUGAUAAACAAGCUGCAGGAUGCUGUUGAGUUUAUACGAUCUGUGCCGAGAUCACGACAUGUCUUCACUAAAAUUGAUGCCAUUGUUCAGUCCUUUGUCAAAGCGCGAAGUGAUUUCUCUCAAUGGCAUCUGCAGCAGUACAAAGAAGAUGUCAGGAAAUUGUAUAUCCAAUGUCUGGAGAUAAUCUUGCAGAAUCGUCAACUCAAAGAUAGCUGCCAGAAAGAUUUCACCCUCAAAGGAAAUGUAAAGCUGGCGGUUGAAAGCUACAUGAUGGAUAAACUGUACGACCAUGUACGCGAUGUGAUCAAUGUUUGCCAACUGGAUCAAGUAGAAAGCUUCAAUAAGACUAUCAGGAACCUCUCGGACAUACACAUAGCCGAGAUGAACCUGAAACGCUGCUACGGUGAUGUCAUUCCCCUGGUGAAGAAAGAGUUGCUACGCAUUGAUGACUGUCGCACAGUCAUUGAUAAGGUGGCUUGUUUGAAAAGGGCUUUCGAGACCAUUUCCAAAGAACAUUCCGAAUGGAAUGGCAAAAUGAGCGGUAAGCUAGCCACAACUGACGAUGUUAUUCCAUUGCUUAUUUUCAUCAUCAUUAAAACAGCAUUAUCAAACUGGAUAAUGAAUCUUACAUUUCUCAAAGAAUUUCAAUUGAACGAUUUAUCAGAAACCAUGGAGAAGGAUCAAAACGGCCAAAAAAGCUAUCUGAUCACCACUCUGGAAGCCGUUAUUGUGUACAUAAAUUGUUGUAGUAUUGAACGUUCUCAGCGUUUGGGCAUAGAUCUUAUGCCUAACGAAGAGCUCAAAAUCAAAAAGUUUCGAGAGAUGCAGUUUAAAAAUUCCGAUCAAUUUCUGAAUUACCUCUUUAUGCUGAUGAAAAACAAUGAAGAGGAUGAGAUUUUGGAUAUUUUCCAAGAUUUCAACAACAACGAGCCUAGCACAACUGCACUAAAAUGUCAUCCGCUUUGCAGUUGCAGUCGAUGUGAAGUACUUCCAUAUCAUCCACACAUAGACGACCGUAAUCAAAACGGUUUAACGGCUAUUCACUUGGCAGCGACCCUUGGCAGUCCGAAAUUGCUCACUAUCAUUCUGAAUCUGAAACCGAAUGUUGACGCCGUUGAUGCAAAGAACUGGACUGCUCUACAUUACGCCGCAGCCAAUGGCCAUCAAAAUCUGCUUCUGCUGCUGUUGCAUGCCGGAAUAAACAUAAAUAGUACCAGCAACGAUCUGCACACCUCCCUCCAUCUAGCCUGUCUAAAUGGGCACAGUGGAUGUGUUAAAGCACUACUUUAUUUUUCCGAGCAUAUGAAAAUUCACGUCGAUAUCAAUGCCCAAACACAGCUAGGGCAAACUUCACUUCACUACGCCGCACGAUGGGGCUUUUCAGAAAUUGUAGAAACUUUGAUCGAACAUUUAGCAGCUAUCAAUAUUCCGAACCGUGUGGGAGCUACUCCUUUCAAAUAUGCCCAUAAUUCCAAAAUCAGUAAGAUGCUGAGAGACGCAUAUUUCGUUCAACAAAAACGUUUGAAGAAAGGGAGCUCCAAGCCAGCCACGAAUGAUGAAUACGUGCUCAUAUCGGAAGAGGAUCUUCUGGAUGAUGAAACUUAUGUUGAAUACCGCAACAUAGAAGAGAUGAAACGAAUAGAUAAAGCCAUUGCUGCAAUUUCGGCUUACGACAAUAAACUAGCUUGCUACUAUCUUGGAUUAGAUGUUCUUCCAUCGGACGGCCUCAUCGAAUCGUCUUCCCCUAACAAAGAUCUACUGUCCGAUAAAGUUUGCCAUCCCUUAUGUACCUGUUCCCGAUGUCUUAACGAAUCGGCCAAUUUUUACAAUUUACUGAGUAAACCAUUCGCAUCCAAAUCUACUGCUCCUACAAAACUUAAUCUGAACGCGACCAACGGAGAAGGACACACAGCCCUACAUGUGGCAGCUUUGCAUGGUAACAUGGAAAUGUUGAACAUCCUGCUAGAUCAAAACGUCAAUCUUACGGCUCGCACGAAAUCUGGCGCCACGGCACUACAUUUGGCCUGCCGAGCCCGUCGUUUGAAUGUCAUAAAAUUGCUGCUGAAUCGAAGUCUCAGGUCCAAGGAAGGUGCUUCGGAAAUCGUCGAUCUCAAGGAUUGUCGCGGCGAAACUCCACUGCACUAUGCCGUAGAGCAGAAUCAAUUACGGGCUGUGGAAAUUCUUCUGGAGGCAAAGGCCGAUGGGAGUUUGCGCAACCUGGCCGGUCGAAGGCCCAUCGACAUCGCCAGAGCGCGGUUGUACUUUAACGUUGUGAAUGUAUUGGAUCAUAAGAAAAAAAGAAUUUAAAUCGGUACCUGUGUAAUGGCAAAGCCGAAGGUAAAAAAAAUUAUCAUAUCAACAGUUUAUCAAUUACAUACUUAAGCAGAGUCCCAGUCACAGUGAUUUGAUUUGUUUGUUUGCAAAAUAUAAAGUAUAGAUGCGCCUGUUUA